AUGCCCUCUAAAUUGCUUCUGACUGUCAGUGCUCUUGCUUAUGACAAAGACAGCAGACAAUGCACAGAUUGGCUCUCUGACUUGGCAUUUUUGCGUUUGCCCAUACAGCAUUCGGACAUGCAGUGUGGAGACGUUGAUGAAUGCAAUACAACAGGAAUCUGUGGAAAUUUUUCAGUAUGUAUCAACACAGAAGGAAAUUACACAUGCACAUGUCAACAAGGAUUCCAGUCGAAGUCUGGAAAGGAUAAUUUUACUGAUGUAGUUACUUCUGGAUGUGUAGACGUUGAUGAAUGCAAUACAACAGAAAUCUGUGGAAAUUUUUCAAUAUGUAUCAACACAGAAGGAAGUUACACAUGCACAUGUCAACAAGGAUUCCAGUCAAAGUCUGGAAAGGAUAAUUUCACUGAUGUAGCCACUUCUGGAUGUGUAGAUGUUGAUGAGUGCAAUAGGAUGGGAAUAUGUGAAAAUUUUGCAGUAUGUAUCAACACAGAAGGAAAUUACACAUGCACAUGUCAACAAGGAUUCCAGUCGAAGUCUGGAAAGGAUAAUGUCACUGAUGUAGCCACUUCUGGAUGUGUAGAUCUUACUCUGACAUUAGCCUCUCUUUCCACUGCUCAAAAGAGAGCAUUACAGAAUUCUUUUGAAGAUGAAGAAGAUGAGUCAGACCCAGAUGAGUAA